AUGGCGCCUGACCCCACCUCUAUCGACAACUCCAAUGACAACUCCAACACCAACACCAACACUGCCAGUACGCCAAACCGGAAGACCAAGAAGCGAGUCGUCUGGCAUUCAAGCAGUCAGGACUAUGGGAAAGCAGAGGCAGAGGGGACCUCACCGGAUUCUCCGGCCGACGGUGGAGGCACCACGAGCACCAACACAUCUCUAGCCCCGGCCAGUACAAAUGCUGCUGCAGCCGCAGACUCGACUUUACAUUCAACCGUGGCUACAUCUACCAGUAACAGCGGGAAUACAAGCGGCAAUGGAAGUGGCACGCCCAUUCCUAUACUAGGCGUGAAAGACCUCAGAUCGGAGCCAGGUUCACCUGGGCUGUUCUCUACACCUCCCGGGGCGCCUGACGCCGUGGAAUUGAGAAUGGCCCUCAACUUGGUCCUGACUGAAGAAGAGAGCCGGAGGGAAGAGCAGAGCUUCUUGUCUGUAGCCACCCCUCGAGCUCCAAGACCCGCUCUGAGACGUAAUACAAGUUAUGAUGAUCCGGAGGAACGCGAGAGGGCGGACCAAGCGGAGAGUCGGGUCACUGAGCGUCAGCUUCGCUCCAUGAAUGACGCACGCCAACGAGCAGAUCGCUUGGCGGUAUCGGUGGGUAGCUAUUCUGCUUCUGGUUCAAGGCGAAACUCGGACGUCGAAGGUUCAUUCCAGCCGCUCAUCCGCGACUCAGAUGAUCAUGGGAGCUCUUUCGCAGACGAUGCUACUGUGACAUCUGAUGAUGACCUCGACAAGGAGCGUUUUAGGUAUCGCACCCCCUACAGCCGCCGACAACGCUUUAUUGAAGACCAUGACACCGCGGAGUCUCUGGUCAGGUCUCACACACAAAAGGCCGGGAAGAGUAAUCUGUUCCACGAAGAGCCUGGUUCAUCUGGCACAAAUACACCCGUGUCCCGCCAAACUUAUGGCAACGACUAUGUCCCCCGUCCUUCAAAGUACAGAGGCGGUAUUCUGUCUUCACUAUUGAAGCUUUAUCAAGAUGAUAGAAGAGCCCCGGGCAACAAUACCAGCGGGCAACUCACGCCUCUCUCAUCUUCAACUCCUGUCAUGUCGCCUCGCCCCUCACCUCCGACUUCGAGACCUCCUUCUGAAGCUGGAGGAUCGAGACCUUCUUCUAGAGCUGGAGGAUCUCGACAAAGAUUUACUAGUGGUUUGUUCACCAAUAAUCGGGCCCGUCAUUCGACGACUUCCCUUACUGAACUUGUAAAGUCUUCUUCGAUGUUUGCUGCCCCGGGUUCCAGCGAGAUCUCCGACCAUUGGUCAGAAAAGUUUAAAAAAGAAAAAGCCGACAAGUCCCCCAAACCCAAGAAGGAACAGAUUCGAAUAACAGUUCAUAUUGCCGGUAUAAUAGCACGACACCGAUAUCUCCUCAAGCUAUGCCGGGCCCUCAUGCUGUACGGCGCGCCGACGCAUCGACUCGAAGAGUACAUGACCAUGUCAUCACGCGUUCUCGAAAUCGAAGGGCAAUUUCUCUACAUUCCGUCCUGCAUGAUUAUCAGUUUCGAUGACAGCACAACGCAUACGGCCGAAGUUAAGGUUGUUCGGGUGCCACAGGGUAUCGACCUGGGAAAGUUGUGCGACGUUCAUAAUAUUUACAAAGACGUUGUUCACGACAAGCUUGGUGUCGAAGAAGCAACAGAUGGUUUGCAUAAGGUCAUGGAAAGGAAGCCCAAGUUUCACACAUGGUUCCGAGUCCUAAUGUAUGGGAUUGCAUCUGCCUGUGUGGCGCCGUUUGCCUUCGAAGGUCGAUUUAUCGACCUCCCUGUCGCCUUCAUUCUGGGAUGCAUUGUGGGUAUGCUUCAACUUGUUUUCGCCCCGAGUAACGAGCUAUACGCACACGUUUUCGAGGUUUCCGCCUCGGUUAUUACUUCCUUCCUCGCCCGAGGCUUCGGAUCGAUCAACAAUGGCCAGUUGUUUUGCUUCAGCACCUUAGCACAAAGUAGCAUUGCUUUAAUUUUACCUGGUUACAUGGUCCUGUGCAGUUCGUUGGAACUUCAGAGUCAUAAUAUUGUCGCUGGAAGCGUUCGGAUGGUGUAUGCCAUGAUUUACACUCUGUUUCUGGGGUAUGGAAUCACAAUCGGAGCUUCAUUAUAUGGAAUGAUGGAUAGCAACGCUACCAGCGAAACUCAUUGCAAGGAUCCUCUUGAUCGGAAUUGGUACUUCUUGUUCGUGCCGGGCUUCACAUUAUGUCUUUGCAUUAUCAACCAAGCCAAAUGGAGGCAGACACCAGUCAUGACCAUAAUGGCCUUAGCAGGCUUCUGCGUCAACAGCUACUGCAGCAAGUACUUUGAAGGAAACAGCCAGAUCUCAAAUAUGUUGGGCGCACUAACAGUCGGUAUCCUGGCAAACCUGUACUCAAGGUUGGGCAGACACAUGGAAAACGCUUGGUUGGAUGUUGUGGAGUGGUGGCAGUACCGAGUUAAACCAAGAUUUUCGAGACACCGCUGUCGAGAUCCUGAUGCAUGGUCACUGCCUUCCAUGUCAGAUCCUGAAUCCAACACCGCUUCUCAAAAGAAGCAAUGGCGCCAGCCGCGCAAGGUUGGCUACAGCCUUGCAGCCGCCGCUAUGCUUCCCGCUAUCUUCGUACAGGUUCCCUCCGGACUCGCUGCCGGCGGAUCGCUGCUGGCUGGCAUCACCUCCGCAAAUCAACUCACGGGCAACAGCACAUCUACAGUAGACACUAGUGCCAAGACAAUCGGAAAUCUGGACGGGACUGCAUUCAACGUCUUAUUCAGCGUUAUUCAAGUAGCUAUAGGCAUUAGUGUUGGCUUGUUCAUGAGUGCUCUUAUUGUGUAUCCACUAGGCAAGAGACGAAGUGGACUAUUUAGCUUCUAG